AUCCACUGAGGAGCAGGCAGAGGCUAGCACUAGUGGAGGUCGUACUGCAGCGGGCCAAACACCAGACAAUCCGGAAAAGACAGGUUUCAAUGAAGAAGCCAGAACAACAAACUACCUGAACAACCAAGUCGGUCUAGGUGUAGCGUCAUCCUUCGACGCCGUCUCUGCUCCUGGCUGUCACGCGAAGCGCACGUGCGACGAUAGAACGACUGAAACUGGUUGUACAGCGGACAGCUUCUGCAAUUGGGAAGCAAAUGAGUAUGCGCCGAUGGUUUGCGCAGGCAAGACACCGGAGACCCAAGCCAUAUGCAGUGGACUGCAUUUUUCAGAGACAUUAAGGCACGCUACUGUAGACUAUAGUUCAGCUCUACAGAUUUGCAUCCUCUUCCUCAGCAGCAUCCUUCUUGGCCUCUUAUAUUUUUCUAAGGGAGUGAAUGUGAAUGUAUGAGGGCCCCCGAAGGAAGUUGCUGGCUGCUACCAGGGAAGAUGCGAAUGCGAUAGCUCUAAAGACAGACUGUGAGGGUGAUCAUUUUUGCCAAUGGAUUGUGAAACCCAGCGUAGCGAAACAUUGCAUCAAUAAAACGAGGUGCGUCGACUACGACACGAAAGCGGCGUGUUUGUAUCAUUUGAAUGAGCCGAAUCUUGAGGGAAGCGCAGACAACUCGGCACAGCGUUCUUGUGCUUGGACGGAGAAGCUAGAGCGCAGCAAGAUUUGUCGUAGCAAAUCUGUGUUGUAUCCGAACCCGGCGUGUGCUCAACAAACGUCUGAGAAAUCGUGUUUGCAGGGGGAUGACUGUGAAUGGCUUUCGAAUCCGAAGCCUGAAUUCGAGUGCCAGCCACGUGCUUUCGCCUGUCACGAUCACAAAUCACAAACGGAGUGUAUGACAAUAGGCGACACUGCGCCGUUGAGGUCUUCUAAGACUUCACGGGAAGAUGCCGAUGGCGACCAUAAUAAGAUAGAAGAUGGCGAUCACACGAAAAACGAUUCCGGAGGACAAAAUGCAGGUGGGGACACUGUUUCGACGUCAGAAGACAACAAUCGAAACCCGGGAUCCUGUAUCUGGACCCGACCUCCAGUUCCAAGUGCCUGCGUCGACCGAGAACAUCCUGAAAAUGCCAGUAGUGUUUGUCGUCAGUACACUUCUGCCGCGUCAUGUCGUAAGCAAAAUUUGAAAGAAAAUCAAGUUGUAGAUCAGAUGAAGGGCAACGCGUCUUGUGUAUGGUCCCAGCUGCCGUCACUGCAACGGCAAAAUGCUUGCUACACGAAAAAAGAGGUGGGCGACUAUGAGAAGUGCCAGAGUCACUACCUUCAACAUCUUAGGAAAGAAAAUCAAGAUCUAAAAGAUGAACCUAAACUACAAGUAGAUGAAGCAAAAAUUGUUCCCGACGAAGCAGCAGAACACUUGGUGAAUCCUUCAGCAUGCACACAGGAAAAAUUAAGGCUAGUUUUAUUUCACUAUCCCAUCAUGUGGACCGACUCAGCAUGCUGAGUGGCGCCAAAUCCUUGUGAUUUCGAGGAGGACGAGGGGGACGCAGCCGCAGGGCAUCGCACUCAACUCGGGAUAGUGAAAAACUAGCGCGGCUAAGAAGAGGCGUCUGUCACUUCGUGCCCAAUCCGGCGACGCAUGUGUGUAUCGGAGACAGUGUCAAGGACGACGUGCAUUGUAUGCAGUUUGACGCACAGAAGGAGAGCUGUCGGGCGGACGGCCUCUGCAUUUGGUGGAAAGUCACAACAGACGAGAAAGGAAGUGAAAUCAUGAAAGCGCGAACGAAGUUAUGUUGACUAGCUUUUAGCCACCCUCCUCAGGAGUCAGGAGCAUCAUCUUGGUACUGAGUUAUCCUUAUCCCCUAGAGUAUUAAAACUACAAGGGAACAAAAGGACUAAGGUGGGAGGAUCAAGAUGGCUUGUUCCAGCGGACUCUAAUGCAAGCCAAAAUCCAGCUGCAAAACACGAACCGCAUGCGGCGUGAGACUGAAAAACUCUUCCUCGGGGUAAAGGAUGCAAGGGCUCGAGGAAUGGAAUUCGUUGCCAGCGGCGUGGAAAACUCCACGGAUGCUCUAGGUGCUGGUGGGGUUAAUAAACAAGGCUUAACGGAUGGGGCGCAGAAACUAGUACCUAAAAAUGAUGACGCGGCUACAACUGCUCUUCAGGGUUUCAAGAACAUGCUUAGCGGAGGUGGAAUCAGUAGUAGUGCAUUGGAGUUGCAUCCGACGAUAAAAACAUCAGCAGGAGGCUCAUCUUCAUCUUACAACAACGAUAAUAUCAUGACAAAUACAACUAGAGGUGCUACAACCCGAAAUGUUCACCACUCUUCUAGUAGAGGUGCUACAACUACUAUGUUUGCGGACACUUCAACCUCUGAAGGAGCCGAUGUGGGGGAAAAUGGAGCGAAUCUGAACGAAGAUGGUGCAGAACAAGGAGCUUCGUCAGCUUCUUCGUCAGCUGAUGUGCAAGACACUGUCACUGGAGAGGCAGUCGUCGAAGAUGCAUCAAUUAUAUUACAUCCAGCAGAAGUAGAAGCACCCCUACCUCAUCAGGAGCAUUCGCCAACGGCUGUGCGACCAGGUGGACGAUGCCUCCUGGUGAAUCCGGAGCUGAUGAGAGAAGCUGACAAGGAUGGAGCGGGACUCGAUGCUCCUUGUAACACCAGACGUGUACGCAGGAGUCAGCAACAAGAUACGGCUGAACAAGCAAAAGAGGUUGUAGAUCAAGCACCAGAUGGUGCAGCUUAUGGCAACCUUAAAACGUUAUUUUAGCAAAACGUUAAAAGUUGAUUUUUUAAAAUAGCCGACUAGAUUCCUAAGAAAUCAAUUUUUAACGUUUUGCUAAAAUAACGUUUUAAGACUGUCAUACAGCUGAAGGAAGCGAGGUACCAAGAAGCACUGAAGGAGCCACUGAAGAAAUAGAUCCUCCCCUGACUCGUGAAGGUUGCGAAGAUGGUUCGGAUGGUCUAGUUUCUUCGUCACAUGGAGGUCAUUUUUCUACACCUCCAGGAGGGGCUGUCGUGCCGGGAUCUUCCAAUUGCCGGUGGUUUCGUGCUAUCCCAACGGACAAGGGUAAUGGAGUGGAGUUAUUGAAGGCCUGGGUUUCAGAGGAGGUCGUGCGAUUUCGCACGUCACAGAAGGCACGUAUCAAAUCGAUUUUCGAGACUAACGCUUUGUCAGGAGAAUUGUAUCCAGCGUCCGACGGCACCGAAAGGCAUUUGAAGGCUACGGCGCGCGAAUGGUUAGCAGAGGCAGCUUCGGUUACGGAUGAUAUGGUCACGCAAGUAGCGAACAAGUUGCGAAAACGCAUCGACUACUUUGUAGACGCAAAGAACGAAGUCGAAGGUGCUGCUGGCACAGUCUUCACACGACAGCAAUUAUUCCGCGAGGUUCAAGACGACGUAGCGCGGGAAUUGUUUCAUGCUGAAAGAAUGGCUCAGCAACGUGUUACCGAGGUUCAAAGAUUAAGGCAUUAUAAACGUUUUUCCCAUAAUCCAUUUGUUCGAGAUGAAGCAUCCUAACUUAGCAGCAGGGGUCUUUCUUUUACAACAAGGAAAAGACCACCAAUAAACCCAGCUCUGCUGCGAUACCUAUUCUACUCAGGAUCAUGGAUUUCGGUAGAAGUAAGGUGUUUUCGGUGAGGUCUUCUAAACACUGCGAUGGAGGAGUAUGCUCACUUGUCGUUUACCCGAUUGCCUAUGGAGUCCGGGACUUCUUCGCAGCGCUUGGCGAGGCGUCAACGACGAAACGUGGUUGCGAAUAGUAGGUGGCUUGAUCCUUUCGUGUUCUUCACUAAGCAGCAGCAGGGUAGCAGCAUCGGUAACAACAAGGAUAUUCGUGUUCAUCCUUCUGAAGAUUCACGUACAGGUGUAUCUACUUCGAUGAAGACGGCAUCAUUUGUGGAAGAUAGAGGAAGAGGACGCUCAGCGAGUUUUGCGAGGAGCCAAGAAGCGCAACGUCGUCACCAGCAUGUCAAGAGUUUGAUGAGGAAGCUAGGAACCUCUGAUCUGGUUCUGUAUCAGCAGAAAACUGGAAGCUUAUCAGGGGACACCAGUAAAAAUGCUGGGUCAUCAAGAAACAACCACUCUGGUGGUACGAAGAAGAUAACAACAACAACACUUUCGCCUGCUGGUGAGUGGGUGAAGAAGAUGCUAUUCUCUUCCGAAGAUGGCCAGGAGGAAGAUGCCCAGCACGACUCGCAGGGGGGUGAUCAUAUUCUUAGCGCCACUACCUCCAGCUCCAGUACUUCUUUUGGCAAGAAAGACACGAAGAAUUACAUGGAUGCGGCUAGCUCUUUUGCGGAGGAAGGAAAAGAUCAAGAUGAAGGUCAUUCUGAAGAACAUUCCGAAGAACGAGAACAGGAAGAAAACCAAGUAGAAAAGCCUCCAGAGGUUGAGGUGGAACCGUCUGACUUUUUCUUCACGAACCACGUACACAAGCCUAAGGAUAUCGAUGGUUCUCGAGAAAGUAGGUGGAAUCUAGCUUUUCCGCACAUCAUGAAGCUGAUUGGAAAACGCAAUCUGGGAAUCGAAAACACUACCGUGACCUUGGAUGAUGAAACCGCAGACGCGACUUCGAUGAUGAUUCGCAGCAUCGAAUCCAAGGUGGCUGAAGUGAAUGAGUCCAUCAACGGACCUAAGAUCGCGACGCCAGAUCUUGCCGUCCUCCAUCCAGCACUCAAGUCUUUGAUCCCGAAUCUGCCAGUUCCAGGAUCGGAAUCGGAUAUGCGAUUGAGAGACUACGUAGGAGCGAUUUUGAAGACGGUGACGUCGGAGGAAACUGUACUUAUGCUAUAUUAAUUAUGACGUUGUGAGGACUUAUUUGAUAUUGAUGUUGAUGCUUGCUCUUUAUAAAAAGUUGAUGAUGUUGUCUAAGAAACAGAUCUUGACGAACAUGAUGAUUAUGCCACUUUUCGACGUCUACGGAAUUCUCGAAUGCUUUCCUGUAUGUCAGUAUUUACUUGUAUUUUGAAUCUUCUCUACUAUCAUAUAAGUUCCACAACUUCCUCAAUCUUCCCUCGUCAUUCAGUGGUCACCGAUGAAGGAGUUCGUUUCGAAUGCGUUUGGGGUUGCUAAGGAUGCUGGUGGUGUAGUGGCUGAUGUCGGUAGCGACGUAGGUGAAGUGGCGGCUGACGUACGCAAAGUGGCGGGUGACGUAGGAAAUAAAGUUGCGGGUGAUGUCGGCAAAGUUGCGGGUGAUGUCGGCAUUGCAGCUGCUGGGGCUGCGGUUGACACCGCAAGGGUGACUGCGAAUGUCGCUAGUCCGAUGACCAUGCUGGCUGCGGAUUUCUUGACACUUUAUAAGGAUUUUCAUAGAACUGCGGGAAAUGCAUUGAAGGAAAACUUGUCUGAGAUGCCAACUUUUUGGGAAAUUCAAAACCGGGAGCCUCGGAAAAUGCGAUCUGAUAGCAGGAUUUUGUUAAGGCCUGAACCCGAUGAUAGAGCAUAGACCUUUUCAUUUCAUUUGCAACCGUCGAUUGGAAAGAACGUCGGAGUUUGGUCUCCUAGUGUUUUAGCGUAUACAUAGUCCGAGUAUAGCGCUCUGCAUCGCCCGAAAGGGGUCAAAUGUUUCUACCCCUCCCUCCGUAAUAAAUAUUUCCGGACUCUUUCCUAGGUAGAUACCUUCUCACUCAGGCUUCUCCGGAGCGACUCCGUAGCUCAGUUGUUAAAGCCCCCAACCUCUUGCGCUCGCCUUCGGUCCCGACACAAUCGGGGAGCCGCGAGUUCGAAUCCCGCUGGGGUCGCACUAUUUGUGUGUGCCCUUUGCGAAGCAAUAGCCCAAUAUUGACCGAGAGACUACUACUCUGAAGACAUUACCGCAACCUCCUAAGUCCAAUUGCUCAGAGAGCCACGCCACUGGGUUUUGGCUCAGAGAGCCACGCCACUGGGUUUUGGCUCAGAGAGCCGCGCCACUGGCUUCGCCACUUCAUCCCACCUCUCUCUAAGCUCAGAGAGCCGCGCCACUGGCUUCGCCACUUCAUCCCACCUCUCUCUAAGCUCAGAGAGCCGCGCCACUGGCUUCGCCACUUCAUCCCACCUCUCUAAUUUCCAGCGAAAUGCAGCGUUUGGCUUACUCCAGGAUGCGUAACAUGUCGUUAGACAACGCCGUGUCCGGUACCAGUUAUGACGACGCCGAGAGGCCUGUGGGUCCGGCGAUGAGUGCUUUGCACCAAGCUUUCUUCCUAAAGUUCGGCCAAACGACUCCCGGAUACGAAGGUCACACACUGUCGGAGAUGAAAACGGAUAAGAAGUUGCGAAAAGUGUGCAUUAAUCACGGUUUGUCCGGUGUCAAGACGAAAUGCGCCUUGCCAGUCCAUGGCGAAGGCCAGAAAAUUGCUCGUCUGCCAAUCCCUGCUAGUGUCUUACCGGAAAGCUGGUCACCUCUGGAACAGAGGGAACACGCGGUGAAGUGCGCACGAAGUCACGGCUGCGCACCUGGAUGCAUGGGAUGCCAAGAUCGGGUUUUUGAUGCCGGAACUGCGAAGUAUUUGGGGGAAGUGAACCCUUACCGUCCGGCGGACGCGUUUCAACAUAGAGAUAACCCAGGGAGUAACUCUUUUUACGGCUUCCUCGAUCAGCAUAGAGAUGGGUGGUCUACUAAUUAUUUCGUAAUAUUUAGCGCUGUAGAAGUGGAAGUAAAAACUACAUCUUCAAUUUCGGGACAUGGACAACGGGAAUAAAAGCUCUAAGUUGUCGUGUCCAGCUCCAUCGAUCGCGAGAAGGCGUACGAGGAAUUUCUGGCAGUCGAAGGAGAGAGAAUAAGACAGGGGAUGGAGGCGUCGCUCGUUCCAAGAAUUAAUAUGGACGAUACGACCGCAGACUUUGCACCAGAUACAGUUCUUGCUGUUGCCUAGGCCGCGUAAUGAGCAGAGGGUACAACAGGUUGUCGCGAAGAGGAGGGACGCGACACCUAGCUGUCGCUCGCUGCAAGACGGCGUCGUAAGACGGAAGUCAAGAAUGUGAACAUGCAGACAAGAACAUGAAAAGCAAACGCAUAAUUCGAUGGAAAGUCAUCAAAGUC